AUGUCCGAUUUCCAACGAUACUCAGGGGUAAUGACUCCCCCGCCUUCGGAAGACGGCAGCUCCACUACCAAAUUAUGCCCCACUCCACCGCCCAAUCGCCGUUGCCAUUCCGACAACCACGCCCAAAAUGACUGUCCCGAAGUAAACAAUUCCACGAUCACACCCAACGCAUCACCUCCCACUACCCCUUUUCCACCCUCACCACCAGCCAGUAUAAAAUCACGCCGUGACCGCACCUCCUCCCAGCGAGAAGCCAACCGAUCCAAACAAUUCACCACCCGUCUGAACCGCAGUGCGAGCGCUGGGAAUACGACAGACCCGUUGACUGGGAGGCGGAGAAAGGGCUUCCAGCGGCAGACGAGCAGUUUACCGGCGGACCACGGGUUGAAGGCUGUGGAACCGCCGCAUGAGCAGGCGUUGACCAAGAUGGCGUUUGCGGAGCAGCAGAAAUGGAUUACGGUGCAGCAGAAGACGUUCACAAAAUGGUUGAAUACGAAAGUUGAACCUCGAAAGGUGGCAGUCAAAGAUCUCGUGGUGGAUCUCAGUGAUGGGGUCAUUCUCAUCCAUCUUCUCGAAUGCCUCUCCAACGAAUCACUCGGCCGAUAUGCAGCAAAGCCGAAGCUUCGAGUCCAGAAAUUCGAAAAUGCAAACCUGUCCCUAGAUUUCAUCAAGUCCCGCGGUAUACAAAUGACCAAUAUUGGCGCCGAAGAUGUUGUGGAUGGGAACCGGAAGAUCAUCCUAGGUUUGAUCUGGACCUUGAUUUUACGAUUUACGAUCUCGGAUAUUAAUCUAGAAGGUAUGACUGCCAAAGAAGGUCUGCUACUUUGGUGUCAAAGGAAGACAGCUUGCUAUGACGAAGUCGAUGUCAGGAACUUCACCGAUAGUUGGAAUGAUGGUUUGGCGUUUUGUGCUCUCUUGGAUAUUCACCGACCGGAUCUAAUCGACUAUGAUACGUUGGAUAAGAGCGACCACAAGGGGAACAUGCAGUUAGCAUUCGACAUCGCUUCCAAAGAGAUUGGUAUCCCGGAUCUGUUGGAUGUGGAGGAUGUCGCCCACGUUGCGAAGCCUGAUGAGAGGAGUUUAAUGACUUAUAUUGCAUACUGGUUCCAUGCCUUUUCGCAGAUGGAGAAAGUUGAGAACGCCGGGCGAAGAGUCGAGAAAUUUGUCAACAGUAUGCAGGGUGCGUGGGAAAUGCAGAGCAACUACGAAAGAAGGAUGAGAGCCCUACUGCAGAACAUUCAAGAACAGGGAGCAACAUGGCAGGAGUCGAAAUUUGAGGGCACAUAUGUGGACGCGAAACAACAAGCAACAGACUUCAGCGCGUACAAAAGAGGCAAAAAGAGAGAGUGGGUCGCGGAAAAGAGUGAUUUAGCAGCGCUGCUUGGAAACAUCAAAACGAAAAUGAGCACAUACCGAUUAAGAGCAUACGAACCUCCGCCAGAAUUGAGUUUGCCAACGAUGGACCAAGAAUGGGCAAAAAUGAUUAAACUCGAGAUGGCAAGGGGUCAGCUCAUUAAUGAAAACAUAAGAGAUAUCAAAAAUGCACUUCGGAAAUCAUUUGCGGACAAAGCCAACGACUUCGCCUUGGCCCUCAAUACUAUGCAACUAGCUAUAUCAGGAUUGGAAGGCGAUGUUGAAGAUCAAUUAAUACACAUCAAGAUGUUGAACGAAAAACUUCCGCCUUUGCACCAGUAUCUUGAGACCAUUGCCGUGGUCGAUCAGAAAUGCGAGGAGGCAAAUAUUGAGGAGAAUGACUUUACGACAUAUACAUAUGACGAGUUAUGCUACGAGAUGAGCUUAGUCAAGGGCUCUGUCUCCAAAAAGCUGGCUUUCCUUGACAACCAAGUUGUGGCACGAAAUAUGACUAACCUGACACCCAUUCAACUGGAAGAAUUUGAGAGUGUCUUCAGACAUUUUGAUCGAGAUGACUCGAACAGUCUCCAAGAGCUUGAAUUCAGUGCGGCUUUGGCAUCGCUUGGACUUGUUUUCAGCGAAGAUGAGAUGCACGAGUACUUCAUGGAGACCUCUGACGGGCGUAACUCUGUUACUUUUGAGCAAUUUAUUCGAUUCAUGGUCGAUGUUACCGAGGACCAGAAUACCGCCGAGCAAGUCUUUCAGAGUUUCCGAGAGGUGGCUGAUGGAAAGCCAUAUGUUACUGAAAUGGAUCUCCGGCACAGUCUGGUACCAGAUGAUGUUAUCGACAGACUUACCGAGAUUGUCCCACAGCACAAAGGCCCAGAUCUCCAACAAGACAGAGGGAUGCCUCAAUAUGAUUACAUUAGUUUUAUGGAUAAACUUCUCGGCGGUCCAGAAGAAGGUGCUCUGACCGAGCUUCCAAAUGGUCGAACUCAGUCACGUUCAGUUUCGCCUACUAAGACGAAUGGAUAUCAUUGA